UUUGAGGAAGUUGCUCAAUAUGGGAAAAAGAAGAACACACGUUUGAUGGAGUUGCUGCCUAAAAACAUGUCAGCGUAAAAAGAAGACGUAAAUACUAAUUGAGUUAAUUGACUUUAUGACAGAAUGUCAAAUAACUCGGUGACGCCUUCUACUUAUAUUCGUAAACUACGGUACAGUUUGCUUUGCAGGUUGGCCGACUUUUUAGAUCCACAGGACCGAUGGAAAGACGUCAUCACGUCCAUCCGGAAGUCAGAUGGCGACUUUAGGUACUCUCAGCAUCAUGUCAAGCGAUUUGAGAGACUGGUCACACAGGGGAAGAGUCCCACAGUGGAGCUGCUGCACGACUGGGGUGUGUCCAACUCCACGGUGGGAGAACUUGUGGACAUCCUCAAGAGCCACAAGUUAUUGGCAGCUGCUAGCGUGCUCUUACCUGUGGAAGAGGACGUUUCCAUGGAGGUGACCCGUGCCUCUUUUGCAACACAAACACACAGCAGCCUUCCAACUUCUCCAACCAGGAAGCUAAAUGAGACGGAGAAGACUGAGUUAGCGCCUGCUGAGCCGCAACCACGCAUCCAACUGGAGGAGAGCGAACCAAACCAUAAACAAGGUUUCACCAGUUUCUCAUACAACCAGCUGAUGAAAAUUACCGGAAACUUUGACGAGCGUCCCGUGUCGGCCGGCGGCCGCAGGCUGGGGGAAGGAGGCUUCGGGACCGUCUUCAAAGGCAUCCUUGGCGACAAAGCUGUGGCGGUGAAAAAGCUCAACCCAGUGGACGACGUCUCACCUGAGGAGCUGCAAACUCAGUUCAACCAAGAGGUCCAAGCGCUGAAAGUGUUGAAACAUGAGAACCUGGUGGACAUGGUGGGAUACUCCUGUGAUGGGCAGUACCCGUGUUUGGUGUACGCCUUCAUGGCCAAAGGCUCUCUGCUGGACAGACUGGCAUGUUGGGAAGGAAGUCCUCCUCUGUCCUGGAAACAAAGGUGCUUGAUAGCUAACGGCACAGCGAGAGGUUUGGAUUAUUUGCACAGCAACCAUCACGUCCACAGGGAUGUCAAAAGUGCCAACAUCCUGCUGGAUGAAAACCUAGCGGCCAAAAUCUCAGAUUUCGGACUGACGAGAGCCUCGCCUAAGCGCACAGCAACGACCGUGAUGACAGAGAGGAUUGUGGGUACCUGCGCGUACAUGGCCCCCGAGGCGCUGAGGGGGGAAAUUUCGCCGAAAUCUGACAUCUUUAGCUUCGGAGUGGUGCUGUUAGAAAUUCUGUCUGGACUUUCUCCAGCAGAUGAAAACCGCGAGCCCCAGUUUUUGAUGGACAUGAGGCAUGACAUCGAUGACGAAGACGAGGACCUCACCCUUAAGGCCUUUGUGGACAAGAGGAUGAGUGACUGGGACCUGAGCCUGGCAGAGAGCGUCUACGUUUUGGCCAGCAGCUGUCUCCACGAGAGGAAGAACAGGCGACCGCUCGUCUCGCAGGUGGUGUCUGAGCUGAAGGGAGUUGUCAAGACCCUUUCGCUGGAAUCCUACGCUUAGGACUGAAACACAAGAUGAAUAAUUACAGUACAGUGUGGAUGUGCAGCAUAUAUGCAAAUCAUGCUUGUUGACCAUGACUGACAAUACCAAUGAUAUAGUAAAAGUGCAUCCUCAUCAAAUAAGUGCAUUAAACAUUUUCAAUUUGA